AUAGAUCCAUUACAUACAGAAUGAAACAUUUCAUGUCUUAAUUUAUUUAUUUUUUUCUCAUUAUAAUGAUCAUGGCUUACAUUUAAUGAAGACCUAAAAUUCAGUGUCUCAAAAAACUUUGAAUAUUACAAAAGACCAAUUUUAAAAAGUAUGUUUAAUAUGGAAAUGUCGGCCUCUUAAAAGUAUGUCCAUCUACACUUGGUUGAGGCUAUUUUACUCGAACUACAGGAAAUGGACUGUUCCAUCAUAUUCUAAUGUAUUGAGGUGCACCUGUAUAUGGACAAAAAAACUAAAGUUUUAUACUAUAUUCAAUUGAUGGAGGUUGCAAAGGAUUUGAGAGUCCUCGGCCAUGCUCUAAUGUAGCUAUAUAGUUAAGUGUUGUGUAAAUGUGGCGUUAAUGUUUCUGUUAUAAUACCUCAAACGCUUUGUUGAAUUAGCCAGCGUUAAAUGUUACAGUAACUUUAUUUUUUUCCUACCGUUUGUAUUAACGUUAAUGCAGUUGGCUUGCUAACUGUUAGCCCCACUAGUUAACGUAAACUGACCGUUAAUGCAGUUGGCUUGCUAACUGUUAGCAUUUUGCGUUAGCCCCACUAAUUAAGUAAACUGACCGUUAAUGCAGUUGGCUUGCUAACUGUUAGCCCCACUAGUUAAUGUAAACUGACCGUUAAUGCAGUUGGCUUGCUAACUGCUAGCAUUUUGCUUUAGCCCCACUAGUUAACGUAAACUGACCGUUAAUGCAAUUUAACCAUCAAGACCAGCCAAAAGUAGUUGUUAUUUAUACAGACGUCUUUAUUAACAAAACUAGUUUACAAUAACCAGACAUAUAGGUUUAAACAAAUCUAAAAGUUUAUAUUAUGCGACCCAAAGUGUAACGUCACACCGGGGUAACGCGUUAACAUUAACGGUUGUCAAACCGGGCUGGACAGGAGGGAUUUAUCAGCAGCAUCCCCGGCCCGGCGCCCCCUGCCCUGCCCUGGACACUCUGGGUCUGUCCUCUCAGCGGAUAACUAACAUGAUAAACCGUGGGCGUCUGCAGAAGAGGUGAACAGCAGCCGGGAUAUAGGAUGCCUCAGAGAUAGACAAGCCUAAUGACGCAACGGGUUUACUCAAUACAGCUUGAAAUUGUGAGGGACAGGAUAAUACUUGCAGGGUUUCCCACGUUUCCUAUGAGCAAAAGCAGGCUGAGGACUCGGGAACUGACAGAUAUAACGUGACAGGCAACACAGACCCUGGUCCGACUUCUGGAAACGAGCUUCUCCGGACACCAAGAGAUGCAAACUUUCAUGAUGACAUUCCUUCUGUUACUUUUUCUACCUUGUGUUUUCAGCACACGCUCGCGCGUAUUAGUCCCUGGGUAUGAAACAGUCAUCUUCAAAGAGCCACACAAGGAGAGCCGGAAAGUUCUUACUACAUCAGGCGAAGAAUGUAAAUUCCCAUUUCGUCAGGGUGGAAGGCUUCAUCAUCACUGCCUCACCAUCCUAGCCCCAAAACCAUGGUGCUCCCUCACACAUAACUUUGAUCGGGAUCUGCAGUGGGGCUACUGUGCUCCAGAGACAGCUCAGCCAGAUGUUGUUGUCCACACGUCACGCAGAAUCACAGAUCCGUGUCAGAUGAAUCCGUGUCAGAACGGAGGCUCCUGCACUACGACCCCACACACACACUGGCCUGAGUGCUCCUGUCCUGAGAGCUUCACUGGGACACUCUGUGAGCACAAGAAGUGCUAUGAAACCCUACACCUGCGCUACUAUGACAUCGGAGAGUCUUGGGGACGAAUUCACCUCCGCAACGUGGAACAGUGCUCAUGUGUGGCAGGGGAAAUCAAGUGUGAAAGAGUUCGCUACACAAUGUGCCGUUCAAACCCGUGCCAAAAUGACGGAACGUGUCGAAUGAUCACAUCCACCGGCAAAGAAGUGUGUAACUGCAGACGAGGCUUCAGCGGACCUGACUGCAGCUUUGCGCCGGAGACAGAGUGCUAUAACGGGCGGGGCACAGCUUACAGAGGGGUGGUGGGCACCACGGUGUCCGGCGCCCGCUGCGUGGCGUGGGACUCUGACCUGCUGUACGACGAGCUCCAUGUGGGCACGGUGGUCGCCUCCCCACUCAGGGGCCUCGGGGGCCACGCCUACUGCAGAAACCCAGAUAAGGACAAGAGGCCGUGGUGCUACACACUAAAUGACGGCGCCAUCUCCUGGGAGUACUGUGACGUCCCCUCCUGUGUCAUGGCUGUCUGGGAGAACCAGCCAGCAACAAAAGUAUUCAGACGAGCUUCUUCUUCAAGGAGAAUCAUUCCAUUCAACGUCCUGCCCGCCGUUAAAAGACCGAAGCCCUCCAAGCCCGAGAAGAAGCAAGUAUGUGGGAAAAGACACAAGAAAAGGUUAACGGUUGCCAGGGGGCGGAUAAUGGGCGGAAACUCAGCCCUGCCAGGUACUCACCCCUGGAUGGCAGCCAUUUACAUCGGAGAGUUAGACUUCUGCGCCGGCACCCUGGUGUCCUCCUGCUGGGUCGUCUCUGCGGCUCACUGCUUCUUUCGCAACCCCCUGAGGUCUCAGAUCCGAGUGGUGCUCGGCCAGCAGCACUUCAACUACAGCGGUCCCAACACCAAGACCUUCGGAGUGGAGGAGUAUAUCUUUCCCAAACAGUUUUCAGUGUUUAAUCCAACACUACAUGACAUUGUUCUGAUCAAACUGGCGAAGCAGGAGGGGCGGUGUGUGAGGAGAACCCCGUUCAUCAGACCCAUCUGUCUGCCAGACAAGAGCAUGACGUUCCCUGAUGGCUACUGCUGCUCUAUUAGCGGCUGGGGACACAUGCAUGAGAAGUCAAAGGUGUACUCCAGUCUGCAGGAGGCUGGAGUGAGGCUGAUUUCUCACGAAGCUUGUAGGAAGCCAGAUGUUUACAGCAACCACGUCACUUCUGACAUGAUCUGCGCGGGGCUCAACGGCUGUGCAGACGCCUGCCAGGGCGACUCCGGGGGCCCGCUGGCUUGUGCGAGGGCUGAUGUCAGCUUCCUGUAUGGGAUCAUCAGCUGGGGAGAAGGCUGCGGCCGCUCUGGAAAACCCGGUGUUUACACUAAAGUGGUGAACUAUAUCGACUGGAUCAAUUCAGUCAUCAGACGCAAACCCAAGGCUUCAUGAAUGGACAUUACCCGCACAUUAGCUUUAAUAUAUGAGAUAUUGUACCAUACUGUAAUCUGUUUUUAUGUGUAAUUCUUGUGGAAGUUUAUAGGUUAUUUUUUUUAACUGUGAAACAUUUUGAGACUGAAUAAACCUUUACUGACUUGAUAAA